AUCUAUCGUAUUUGUCCCUUGUUGUUUGGACUUUCGACAUCGAAAUCGAAUACUCGAAAAAGGCUAGACUCCGAGGGAGAAAUUGAGGAAGACCAUGGCUUUGACGGUGGCGAAGAGUGCGUUGGAGGCGAUUAGGGAGAAAGGUCUCGGCGGCUUCCUCAGAAUGAUCCGAGAAGAAGGAUUCCUGAGAUGCCUACCAGAUGGGAACCUCUUGCAAACUAAAAUACACAACAUAGGAGCAACACUUGUUGGUGUCGACAAGUUCGGUAACAAAUACUAUCAGAAGUUGGGUGAUACUCAAUACGGUAGACACAGAUGGGUAGAGUACGCAUCGAAGGAUCGUUACAACGCAUCUCAAGUACCAGCUGAAUGGCACGGAUGGCUACAUUUCAUCACCGAUCACACUGGAGAUGAGCUUCUGAGUCAGAAACCAAAGAGGUAUGGGAUUGAGCAUAAAGAGAACUUUUCUGGAGAAGGUGAUGCAUACAUUUACCAUUCUAAGGGACAUACCUUGAACCCGGGGCAAAAGAACUGGACUCGUUACCAACCAUGGGUACCCACCAAGACCAAGUAGGAAGAUGAGCUUUGGUUGAUGCUCUUUGAGAAGCUCUCUGAGUGAUUUGCUGUUUUGUUUCUCUGUCUUUUUAAUAAAAGCUGUUUGGGAUCUAAAGCUGAACAAUUGGGUUCUGCAGUUGUAUAAUUGAUGCUUUUUCACCAUUCUACUUAAGUUUCUUGUGUUUUUUAUACCUCUGGAGAGCAGAGGAGAGUAGAGGAUUCUUUAAUUUUGUAAGAGUAAUUCAACUUUAUGAAAUGACCUUGAAUAUCUAGUGUAGAUUAUAUCAAUUUAU